UGUUUGUUUUGUCUCGUCCCAUCCCUCGUUCCACCCGCCCCACAAACAAUUGUCCUGUCGAAAUCCUCUCUCUCUCUCUCUGAGAAAAUGACGAAGGCUUCACUGAAGGGAAAGUAUGAACCCGAUAAAGUCGGCGCUGUCGGAACCCUGGCCGUCAAUGCUGGCGACGUGAAGCUCCGAGCUUACAUGACCAACGCCACCUUCGUCAGCGGACCCUCCUUAAACGGCCUCUCUCUCUCCGUCGAGAAGCCCGGCUCUUUCAUCGUCGACUAUAACGUCCCCAAACAGGACAUUCGGUUUCAAUUCAUGAACACAGUUAGGGUUUUGGACAAACCAUUGAAUUUGACUUACACUCACGAGAGGAGCGAGAACCAGACCGCAUUGAAUGGGAUGCUUGUGCUCGAUUCGGCCAACAAGUUCUCGGCCAAUUAUGCAUUUGAUUCUGGGAAUUGCAAGUUGAAGUACACUUACGUGCAUGGAGGGUCGAGCACAUUCGAGCCGAGCUAUGAUUUGGCAAAGAAUUCGUGGGACUUUGCGGUGUCGCAUAGGCUAUAUGGUGAUGAUAUACUGAGGGCUACGUAUCAGACAUCGAGCAGGGUUUUGGGAUUGGAGUGGUCAAUGAAUUCCCUGUUUCAUGGAAACUUCAAGGUUAAUGCGUCCCUCAAUUUGGCAGAGGAACUGAAGGUGCCAAAAUUAAGUGCUGAGAGCACUUGGAAUUUUGAUAUGUAAAUUUUUGUUUGUUUUACCUGUCAAAAUCCAUUUCUUCUAGAACAGUCAAUUAUUGUCCUCAAUUGCGUGUAUGCCACCACUUGAAUACGAGGUACUCUUUUUCAUUUAUUUCAGAUAAGCCCAUAAAAAGAUCAAGGGCAGAUCUUCAAUUGUUUUGGCAAGACCUAAUCAGAAUUUAUCUUUUCCUCGCAGUUGUGAAAUUAUAUUUUUGUUCUUCUGCUUA